AUGUCUACCAAGCCCCACGUCGGCAUCAUCGGCGCCGGCUUGUCAGGCUUGCGCUGCGCCGAUAUUCUUCUCCAAAACGGCGCGCGAGUGACUAUCCUCGAAGCUCGGGAUCGCAUUGGUGGGCGUGUUCACCAGGAGGAGGUUGGUGGUCAUUUGGUGGAUCUAGGUCCAAAUUGGAUUCAUGGCACGGGUACAAAUCCAAUCUUGUCUAUUGCGAACGCGACGCAGACAGUCGCGCAUGACCCGGAAGGGCGGAAUAUCGCGAUCUCGCGCGAUGGACAGCUCCUUGGUGAGGAUGCUGUAACUAAAGCUUCGGAGUUCAUGUGGGCGACUAUCGAGCAGGCCUUUGAGUAUAGCAGUCAGCAUGGCGAUACUAUUCCUCCCGAGCGGAGUUUGUAUGACUUCUUCGUGGAAAAGCUGGAGCAGACUGAUUUCUCUGAGGAGGAGAAACAGCUUUGUCUGGACUCUUGUAAGCUCUGGGGUGCUUAUGUGGGUGAUCCUAUUGAGCGACAGAGUUUGAAGUUUUUCUGCUUAGAGGAAUGUAUUGAUGGAGGAAAGGACGAUGAGAUACGUCUUCGGUAUAUUGUGUGCUCACAUGUACUCGCAGAUAACUAUUUCGUCGCAUCGACUUAUAAACGGAUUCUGGAGUACAUCUCCAGGGCUGCACUAUCACAAGCAGAUAUCCGACUCAAGCAGGCUGUCGUGAGCAUUGAUGCUCCGCUACGCGGCAAUGGGCAGUCUCAGCAUCAAAUCACCGUAUUCACUGCUACAGGUGAUCGCUUCACCUUCGACGAGGUUGUUGUCACCUGUCCAAUGGGUUGGUUGAAACGGAACACGCAGGCAUUCUCCCCGUCUCUUCCAGAUCGACUACGCGACGCCAUCCAAAGCAUAUCCUACGGCCGACUGGAGAAGGUCUACGUAACAUUUCCACGAGCCUUUUGGCAUACCGAUUUGAAUACAAACACCAACGAUCAGCACGGGUCAACAUCUGCCAAAAAUCCCGUAUUCGCCCAAUUCCUCGAACCUUCCUACGCAAAUCACCCCGAUGGCCUUGAAUGGAACCAAGAAUGUCUAUCGCUCUCUAUAUUGCCGAGUCCAUGUAACCAACCAACCCUUCUCUUCUACACCUACGGGCCCUGUUCAACGCACAUCGUCGAGCAAAUCGCGUCACUAGACCCGAGCUCAUCACAAUACCGACAAAUCCUGGUCAAUUUCUUCGUACCUUUCUACUCCAGGUUACCAGGGUACGACGCUUCUUCACCCGACUGUAUCCCAACUGCAAUCUUGGCAACCCGCUGGCAAAGGGACCCCUACGCGGGUAAUGGAUCUUAUUGCAAUUUUCAGGUCGGUCUUACACAGGCUGAUAAGGAUAUUGAGGUACUUCGUUGUGGGGCAGGUGUUGGAACUGAGAGGGGGCUUUGGUUUGCGGGUGAGCAUACGGCGCCGUUUGAGGCUUUGGGGACGACGACUGGGGCUUAUUUGAGUGGGGGAGAGGGCUGCGGUGCAGAUUUGUGGGAGGCUUGGGUUAGGUACAGUUGGUGUGGGUGGUGA